CUGACCGUGUAAGUUAGCUAGUCGUUCACGUCGCUCAUUAUUUAGUUUGAAUAGUAGUUAUGUUUGCAUUUUCAUUGAGAAAAAAACGUCUCAAACAUAGCAACAAUUUCUUGUUUAAAGUGCAUUGUCAUGCCUCUGCAAGGAAAAUGUCAAAGGCAGCGAGUGUCCAAUAACAGACGCACUAUGGUAGCUAGCUAGUUAGCAUAUCGUUAUAUGAGAGCGCGUUAUUUAAAAACAACUCAAUGCUCUUGACCAAUUUCAAACAUUAGUUUGACAUUUUUACAAGCCCACUUUGUAUGCGUAUGUCUGGUGUAAGUUAAUUUAGGUUUAAUUUAACGCUGCAAGAGGUAUAAACAAACAAAAAGUACACAGUUGUGAUUCGACAAGUAGCUGGGAGACGCCUCUCAAAGCCACCAUGAGGUGAGAUGGCCUCCUCCAACCUCGGCCAGUUGACACCUAUCCUCCCAAACCUGGAGCCUGGGAUGGGGAAGUCGGCAGCCGUGCUGGGCUUCUCUGCCGGGCUGGGAGGAGCAGAGAUGGAGCUGCACAAGAUGCUAAUCGAUGAGAGGAUGAAGUGCGAAAACCACAGGACCAACUACCAGACGCUAAAGGCUGAACAUGCCAGCUUGCAGGAUGAGUUCACCCAGGCGCAGGGUGAACUGAAGCGUCUGCUGAGCGACAGACAGGCACAGCAGGAGAAGCUGCUGUUGGCGGAGCUCCGCGGAGAACUGCUGGACAAAACCAGGGAGCUGGAAGAGCUGCGACUGCAGGUGAUGACCCCUCAGCGGCAGGAGUUGCUCAGAGCUCAGGUGCAACAGGAGAUGGAGGCUCCAGUCAGAGAGAGGUUCAAUAAACUGGAGGAGGAGACUGAGAAGUACAGGUCUGAGUACAACAAGCUGCGGUAUGAGUUCACCUUUCUCAAGUCCCAGUUUGACCACCAGAGAGAAGAACAUGCUCACAUGCUGGAGGAGAGGAGGAUCCGCUAUGAAGCAGAGAUCUCUCGUCUGGAGAAGGACCGAGAGGACCUGGUGGCUCAGUACCAGGGUUCAGACACACUGCGUGAUGGGAAACGAGUAGAGGCCCUGCUGAGGGAGAAGGCCCAGCUCCACCUGAGGCUGAAGGGCCUGGAGGCAGAGUUGGCCGAGCUUCGCGCCCAGAAAGACAACUCGGGCCAGCAGGCCGAGAGCGUCCAACGCAUCCAGAUCAGACAGCUAACAGAGUCUCAGGCUGCUCUGAAGUCGCUGGAGGCGGAGCGUCAGUCGUUGCGUCUACAGCUGGAGCGAAUGGAGAGCGAGCUUCAUCUGACACACGAGCAGAACAGCCAGCUCACCGGACGACUGAACAAAGCUGAGCGAGAGGUCAACUCUCUCACCUGUCAGAUUGACAGCCUGAAGCAUUCACAUAAACUGGAGGUGGCCAGCGUCAAACUGGAGUGUGCUCGCUCUAAAGGGGAGCUGGAGAGAGAGAGAGACGCACUGCACGGCCAGCUUGAUGGUCUGCAGACAGACGUGGAGGUGCUGAAGGCUGCGGUGGAGCGACACAAGGAGGUUCUCGUGGAGAAAGAGAGGGAGUUGGUCAGGAAGGUGCAGUCUGCCCGCGAGGAGGAGUUCCGCAAAACUGCAACCUUGCACGAGGAAAAGUUGGAGGUGGAGAACCGCCUCGCUGCUCUGGAACAGCAGAGGGCUCUGCAGGACACUGCGGAUCAUAGCCAGAAGGAGGAAUGGGAGGAACGUGUUCGCAUCACCCAACAAGGAGAGGAGUCCGCUCGCAGGGAACUGCAGAACCUGAGAAGCAAACUACAGCAGCAAAGCUCACAUCUUGAGGAGCUUGAGAGACAGAAAGCAGAGAUCGCUGACCUACAGCAGCAGAACCAGGAACUGGGUGUCCAGAUGGGGACGCUGGCUCACUCUGAAAGUGACUUGAUGGAGACAAACCAGCGACUGAGAGAAACUCUGGACAGAAUCAGGGAGGAUCUCAGGACGGCCCGAACCCAGGCUGAGAGGAGCCAACACGAGGCAGAGAGGCUGGUGGAGGACCAUCGGGUUGAGUGGUUGGAGGAGAAACACAAGCUGCAGGAGCGAGACGCUGAGCUGCAGCAGAAAUACUCUCUGGCCAAAGAGAAGCUGCAGAGGGCAGCAGCGGCCCAGAAGAAGAGAAAAACACUGACAGAGAACAAAGAGAAGAGGAUGCAGGAUAAGAUUCAGUUGCGGGAGGCCAAGAUAGAAGAGCUGGAGCUGGAAGCUACUGCAGCAAAGAAACGUUCAUCGUUCUCAGAGGAGCAAGUUCAACUUAACAGACGAUUGAAGGAGCUGCAGCGACGACAUAACGAGUUUCGGCGUCUCCUACUGGGUGGUCAGGGUACCUACAGCGCUGGCCCCACCUUCUUGACCCCCUCACCCACCCCCUUUGUUCUCCUCGGGUCUGAGGGGCCGUUAGCCAACAUACCAGAGGAGCAGCAUCAGAGGGAGCUGACCCUCCUCCGUCGGAGGCUGGAGGACCUGGAAAGCGCCCAGCAGCAGCAGCUGGAGGAACUGGGAUCUCUGGUGCAGAGGGACCGGGACAUUGCUUCCCAGCCUGACCUCUGACCUUUACACUUCUUCCCAUUGACAUGAAGCACUAGAAUGGACUUUAAUAACAUUUACAGAAUAUCUUUUUUUUUUUUUUUUUAUAAAAACUGAUCACAACAUCCUCAACUUUUGUAUUGAGAGCACAAAAGCCACUGUGUGAGGGAAAGGUUUUUAUAUAGAGGAGUAGGCGCUGUGAAUUGUACAUAGUCUGUUGAUGUAAUUAAAAAUGUUUUAACUUAAACUGUAUUAAUAGUCACUUUUUUUUCCUGACAUCUG